UAUCAUAGGGAGUCCUGUCAUUUGAGUCAGGACACACAUGCCUCAGCAGUGAGAGGCUCCACUCCCGUUGGUUGGCCAGCAUCCCAGGGCAGACGCAAAGACAGAUAGAGAGAAAGACUGAGAAUAAGAGAAAAAGGAGGAAAAGUAAUACAGCAAGAAGACAAGUAGACUUGAAAUUGGGAAGAGGAAAAACGCCAAGGAAGUGGAAGUGUCCCUUCAUAGAAAGGAAAAGUAUUUGGAUCAGAAUUUUGGUCAGGGUGGCCCCUCAAAGUUUGUUCUCCCGGUAGUGUAUUUUUAUCCUGAGUGAGCGUGAGAGCUGAGCGGUGUGUGUUUGGACUUGACAGCCAUGGCGGAUCCAGCAGGCUUGCAGAAGGGGCGAGUGGCUCUGACCGAGGUGUCUGACGACGACGAGGAGGUGUCCCUGGUGGCCGCAGCGGUCCAGCCCGCCACCGACAGCGAUGAAGACGACCUUUCAGAAGAUGUGGACCUGGUGCUGGCCACGGGCUCGGGCACCAAGAGUGAGGCGCAGGUAAAUGGGGUCAUGGUGCUGACUCUGCUGGACAAGAUCAUCGGGGUGGUUGACCAGAUCCAGCAGACCCAGAACGGGCUGGAGACCAGACAGCAGGACAUGGAGAAGUCUGUUUCUUGCAUCCAGGGAGAGCUGGCCAAGCUGUCCAAGAGCCACACUGGCACGGCCAACACCGUCAACAAGAUGCUGGACAAGGUGCGCAAGGUCAGCGUCAACGUGAAGACGGUCCGCACCAACCUGGAGAAGCAGGCGGGCCAGAUCAAGAAGCUGGAGAGCAACGAGAACGAGCUGCUCAAGAGACGACACUUCAAGGUUCUCAUCUACCAGGAUGAGAAUAAGGCUGCUAAAGCCUCUCUAAAGUCAUCCAAGGUGGCAGAGAAUGUAGCUGAGGGCUGCUCUGUGGAAGGGGGGCUGGAGCAGAUACCUGAGGAGGGGGGCGAGGCGGCGCUCACUGGCCUCAACUCAGACGAGGAGGUGGAGAUCGAGGAGAUCAUCGAAGAGUCCCGGGCGGAGAAGAUAAAACGCUCCAGCAAGGCGCGCGUGGACAACAUCAAGAAGGCCUUCUCCAAAGAGCAGAGGGAGAAGAGAGCGCAGAAGACCAAGGACAACCUGGAAAAGACCAAGCAGAAGACCAGGGAUAACCUGGAGAAGACCAGGCAGAAGACCCACGACAAGCUAGAGAAGACCAAGCAUAGCCUGGAGAAGAAGAUGGGCAAGCUGGGCAACAAGAUGACCCCCAACAUGGAGCGGAAGGAGAAGCUAAAGGGCUCCAAGGAGAUGUUGAAGAAGUCUCUGACCCCCGACCACACCGUCUACGCCCGCUCCAAGACGACCGUGUACCGCGUGCCGCCCUUCACCUUCCACGUGAAGAAGUUCCGUGAUGGAGACGUGGAAGUGGUGCACACAGAGGGCACAGAGAUGGUGGAGGUGGCCGAGAAUGAGGCCCUGCAGGCGGGAGAGGGAGAUGUGGAGGUGGAGGAGCUGGUAAGAGUAGUAGACACCCCAGAGAUGGCUGCUGUCCUGGAGUUGGAUGAAGAGGAGGAGGAGCUGGUGAGAGUAGACACCCCAGAGAUGGCAGCUUUCCUGGAGGUGGCUGAGGACCAGGUGGCAGAGCAUCUGAUCAGGCUGGAGAGUAAGCUCCCUGUGGUGAAGACAAGCAUGAAGACAACCAGCAAAUAACUUUCUACAGGGCCCAGUAGGAUUGGAAGAAUGAUAUGAUAGAGGGAUGAGGAGAGUAAAGAAGAGGAGAAACAUACUACAUUUGGAUGACAGUGACACAGCAUGCAUGAUAAGGACUGUCGGGACAGUGUUCACAAUCUAUUCAUCUUAUAAUAAAAAUAAUAAUAACAUAGUAUGCCAUUUAGCAGACGCUUUUAUCCAAAGCGACUUAGUCGUACGUGCCUAAAUACAUAUUGUUUGAGAAAAAAAAGUAUUACUCACCAGGAAUUACUUUCAAUGUAGUAUUUGCUGUUCUAGACAAGAACAACAAAAAACUUUAACCAAGGCUCGCAGUUUUGUUUCUUCCUUUCAUAUUUUCUUGUCUUUGUGAAUGACUCUGGUUGGUCUAGUCUGGGAUAUUGCUUGUUGAUAUAAUUGUGUUUAUUUUUUUGUUUUUGAAAUAGAAUAACCACAAUGCUAAUGGAAUAAAUAGUAGUUGCUAUUGUGAUUUGAUGUCCAAUAAUUGCUAACGUAGGAUAUACAGUACAUAACAGUGUAUAUGGAAAUAUCCCCCCUGGGCACAGACGUCAAUUCAACAUCUAUUCCACGUUGGUUCAACGUCAUUUCCUUGAAAUUAUGUGGAAACAAAGUUGAUUCGACCAGUGUGUGCCCAGUGUUGGGGUGUCUUGAGAUUUUUUGAUUUGAUGGUCGGUGGUCAUGUGAUGUGCAGGUCAGAGAAAUUAAGUUUUGACAAAUGAAGAGUAAGAGCACAAACUGGAAACAUCUAAAGAUGGUUUCAACGUGCAUGGGGAGUGACACAGGGGACCCUCUUUUCCUUGGCUGAAGAGUUUACAGAUCAGUUAAACAAAUGUUCACAGCCAUUUUGAGCAGCCAGAUUUCCACUGUAUGAGUGGGCAUACAAGCUCUGUCAACAUGUCAAGGUUUUGAAAGGACGAGAUAGAUAAGAUAAGGAUAAAGAUUUAAGCUAGUUUUCAUUUUUCUUAGAGGAGCACUAUGAAGCUUUCAUUUCUGAUCAACAGUGUGGCCCUAAUGGUUGAUUGUUUUCAUUUUGGAGGACCGAGAGGGAGGGUCACGGCAAAUGCAAUAUUAAAAAGACGAGGAAAAGACUCACUGAUAGGCAUAAAUGGAACUAUUUUUGUGCGUGUGUAACGUUUCAGCCACAAAUCCUGAGCCAAUCAGGGAAAAACUAGUGUACCUUUAAAUUAUGUUAUGGGGUGGAUGGGUGCCAGGUGUGUAAAGUAAUCCUCUUUAAAUAUUUCAAAAGUUUUUCACGUAAAAAACAGGAUCGCAACAGAUCCUAUUUUUUGUUGUUGUUUUGAAACAGAGAACGAGAAGGAUGAAGGAUUAGUGACGACUUGAAAGAGAUCUGAAUUUAGUUGCAUAGUUUUGCCUUCCUUUUUUUAAAGAAUGUUUCAUCAAGUUUCUAAGUUGUACUAUAUUGUGAUAUCUGGAAAAUCGUUAUCUUACUCUCAGUUUUAAGUUACCAGUGUAACCACCAAACUACCUGGUUGUUACUAGGGCUGGUCACUGAUCAAAGGUUCCUAGUGCCGUCGUUCUGUAGAAGUUAACUUGUUUCCUUGUUUUUUCUCUCACUGUGCUUACAUGAUAACGUUCAUAAAAAUACAAAUAAAAAAAAACAUUUUUAAUUGUACUGACACACAUUGUACAACUGUGUGCAUGUAUGCUCAUUGUGCUACAAGACUCAUGCAUGUACUGUACAUAUAUGCUAUAACAAGCACAGACAUAACUGUGUUAACCUGCCACGUUACUGUUACUCCAGAGGCUUCUCUCCUGGAAGAGGAGUCUGUCUGAGAUUGACAGAGCCUUGCUUAUUGAAUCUAUCACCAUGGCCACAGCUAACGACAGGAUAUAUCCAGCACUUCACCUGGACUGCAUUGGGUGCUGUAAUUGUGGGGAGACAAAGGAGAGAAUCUUGUAAGAACCCCUCCAGCACAGGUCAAUGUGCCAGGUGACAGUUAAAUGAAAGUCUAUAGUGACAUACAGAAAUGUAAGUGCUAUCCAAUUUUGUUUGUGCCGGCAGCAAAGGUGAACAAAUAAAAUACAUGUCUGUUCCUGGACCUCA